CUCUUCACAUUACCUGAUUUGAAUGUGUCCUCUGUUCCUGCAGGGACCCUGCCCUUUGCUGUGCCUUUGGGGCCACUUCCUGAGGGGCUCAGGUAGACUGGCAGAAGGUGGAAUGUAGGUCACCAUGGCAACUGGAUCAAUUGGUUGCCCCAGUUGGUGAGCCCUUGGGGCUGAGGUUCUACUGCGGCAGAGAGAAGGGAGGUUAUGGGGCAAUGUUUGAGGUACCAGAUGCACUGGGAGGACCUAGAAGAGUACCAGGCCCUGACCUUCCUGACCAGAAAUGAAAUUCUGUGCAUCCACGACACCUUCCUGAAGCUCUGCCCUCCCGGGAAGUACUACAAGGAGGCGACGCUGACCAUGAACCAAGUCAGCUCCCUGCCAGCCCUGCGGGUCAACCCCUUCAGAGACCGCAUCUGCAGAGUGUUCUCGCACAACGACGUGUUCUCCUUUGAGGACGUGCUGGGCAUGGCAUCUGUGUUCAGCGAGCAGGCCUGCCCCAGCCUGAAGAUCGAGUACGCCUUUCGCAUCUACGAUUUUAAUGAGAACGGCUUCAUCGACGAGGAGGACCUGCAGAGGAUAGCCCUGCGCCUGCUCAACACUGACGACGUGUCUGAGGACCUGCUGAUGGACCUCACGAAACACGUCCUGAGUGAGUCGGAUCUGGACAAUGACAACAUGCUGUCCUUCUCAGAGUUUGAACACGCGAUGGCCAAGUCUCCAGAUUUCAUGAACUCCUUUCGGAUCCACUUCUGGGGCUGCUGACGUGGCAGCCAGCACAGCGAGCACCAGAUCCCGCAGCCUCGAGGGGGCCCGAGGGAAUCCACCCCUCCAGGCACUGGGGGUUUUGCUUUGAAGUAUGACUUUGUCCCAGCCCCAUCCCCCACCUCUUGAAUAUUGUUUAUUAAAUAAAACACAAGAAAAGCCGUAGCCCG